CCUCCCCGGCCCCCGCCCGCCCGUCUGCCCGCCGCCCCCAUGGCGCCCCGGGCCGCCACUGCGCGGGGCCACUAGGACCCUCGGCGUCCCCUUCCCUUCCCCGCCCUGCCCCCUCUCCCGCGGCGCGAACCCGGGUGUCCACGGCACCCAGCUUUUGAGCUCGCGUCCCCAGGCCGGCGGGGGGGGAGGGGAAGAGAGGGGACCCCGGGACCCCCGCCCCCCCCACCCGGCCGCCCAGUCCCCCGGGACCCGGAGAAAAUGUCUUCGCGGACGGCGCUGGCCCCGGGCAACGAUCGGAACUCGGACACGCAUGGCACCUUGGGCAGUGGCCGCUCCUCGGACAAGGGACCAUCCUGGUCCAGCCGCUCCCUGGGUGCCCGCUGCCGGAACUCUAUCGCCUCCUGUCCCGAGGAGCAGCCCCACGUGGGCAACUACCGCCUGCUGAGGACCAUCGGGAAGGGCAACUUCGCCAAAGUCAAGCUGGCCCGGCACAUCCUCACUGGCCGAGAGGUCGCCAUCAAGAUCAUCGACAAAACCCAGCUGAACCCCAGCAGCCUGCAGAAACUGUUCCGGGAAGUCCGCAUCAUGAAGGGCCUAAACCACCCCAACAUCGUGAAGCUCUUCGAGGUGAUCGAGACGGAGAAAACUCUGUACUUGGUGAUGGAAUACGCAAGUGCCGGAGAAGUGUUUGACUACCUCGUGUCACACGGCCGCAUGAAGGAGAAGGAAGCUCGAGCCAAGUUCCGACAGAUCGUGUCGGCUGUGCACUACUGUCACCAGAAAAACAUUGUACACAGGGACCUGAAGGCCGAGAACCUCUUGCUGGAUGCCGAGGCCAACAUCAAGAUCGCCGACUUUGGCUUCAGCAACGAGUUUACCCUGGGCUCCAAGCUGGACACGUUCUGUGGGAGCCCCCCGUAUGCCGCCCCGGAGCUGUUCCAGGGCAAGAAGUACGACGGGCCAGAGGUGGACAUCUGGAGCCUCGGUGUCAUCCUGUACACCCUCGUCAGCGGCUCCCUGCCCUUCGACGGGCACAACCUCAAGGAGCUGCGGGAGCGAGUCCUCAGAGGGAAGUACCGGGUCCCUUUCUACAUGUCAACAGACUGUGAGAGCAUCCUCCGGAGAUUUUUGGUGCUGAACCCAGCUAAACGCUGUACUCUCGAGCAAAUCAUGAAAGACAAGUGGAUCAACAUUGGCUAUGAGGGUGAGGAGUUGAAGCCAUACACGGAGCCCGAGGAAGACUUCGGGGACACCAAGCGAAUCGAGGUGAUGGUGGGUAUGGGCUACACGCGGGAAGAAAUCAAAGAGGCCUUGACCAGCCAGAAGUACAACGAAGUGACCGCCACCUACCUCCUGCUGGGCAGGAAGACUGAGGAGGGUGGGGACCGGGGCACCCCGGGGCUGGCCCUUGCACGGGUGCGGGCGCCCAGCGACACCACCAAUGGAGCGAGCUCCAGCAAAGGCACCAGCCACAGCAAAGGGCAGCGGACCUCCUCGUCCACCUACCACCGCCAGCGCAGGCAUAGCGACUUCUGUGGCCCCUCCCCCGCACCCCUGCACCCCAAGCGCAGCCCAACCAGCACGGGGGAGACGGAGCUGAAGGAGGAGCGCCUGCCAGGCCGGAAGGCGAGCUGCAGCGCGGCCGGAAGCGGGAGCCGGGGGCUGCCCCCCUCCAGCCCCAUGGUCAGCAGCGCCCACAACCCCAACAAGGCAGAGAUCCCAGAGCGGCGGAAGGACAGCACGAGCACCCCGAACAGCCUCCCUCCCAGCAUGAUGACCCGAAGAAACACCUACGUUUGCACAGAACGCCCUGGGGCUGAGCGCCCGUCCCUGUUGCCAAAUGGCAAAGAGAACAGCUCGGGUACCCCACGGGUGCCCCCCGCCUCUCCCUCUAGUCACAGCCUGGCUCCCCCAUCGGGGGAGCGGAGCCGCCUGGCACGCGGUUCCACCAUCCGCAGCACCUUCCACGGUGGCCAGGUCCGGGACCGGAGGGCAGGGGGCGGGGGAGGCGGGGGUGUGCAGAAUGGACCCCCCGCCUCUCCCACAUUGGCCCAUGAGGCCACACCCCUGCCCACUGGGCGGCCCCGCCCCACCACCAACCUCUUCACCAAGCUGACCUCCAAACUGACCCGAAGGGUCACAGACGAACCUGAGAGAAUCGGGGGACCUGAGGUCACAAGUUGCCAUCUACCUUGGGAUCAAACGGAAACCGCCCCCCGGCUACUCCGAUUCCCCUGGAGUGUGAAGCUGACCAGCUCACGCCCGCCCGAGGCCCUGAUGGCGGCUCUGCGCCAGGCCACCGCGGCCGCCCGCUGUCGCUGCCGCCAGCCACAGCCGUUCCUGCUGGCCUGCCUGCACGGGGGUGCGGGCGGGCCCGAGCCCCUGUCCCACUUCGAAGUGGAGGUCUGCCAGCUGCCCCGGCCGGGCCUGCGGGGAGUUCUCUUCCGCCGCGUGGCGGGCACCGCCCUGGCCUUCCGCGCCCUCGUCACCCGCAUCUCCAACGACCUCGAGCUCUGAGCCGCCGCGGGCCCGGGUCCCCUCUUCUUCCUCUCCCUCGUCCCCUUCGCCUCUACGGCAGGGAGAGGGGGCAGGGAGGGGAGUCUCCCUCCGUCAUCACCUCAGCUCCCGUGAAUCCGACGUGGGGACAGAGAGUGUCCCCUGCGCUGUUGUCCGGGGCCGCUGGGCAGGAGAGAAAAGCUUGGGGGCAGAGCAGGGGGAGCUGGCACCUUCCUCGAGCCUCCAGCCGGUCCUGCCCCCGCCCCCCAUCACCCCAACGUGGGGCACCUGAGGAGACUCUGGGGGCAGGGCAGGCGCAGAAAGGGAAACCGAGGAAACUUCCAUUCCCACCCCCUUUCCCCCAACAGCUCAAGAAGUAGGCCUUGGGCGGGGGCCGGAAGGGUUGCUGAGCCUAAAGACUGUAGAAGAGGGGAGGGGGGCUGGGAGUGGGGGGUCAGAGAGGCAGAUUCCUUCCCCUCCCCUGCCCUCCCCUCAUGCUCGAACCCCCCACCCCCCCUUCCUGCCCCAGGCUGGCGCGGGGCACUUUGUACAAAUCCUUGUAAAUACCCCCCACACCCUCCCCUCUGCAGAGAUCUCUCGAGGAGCUGCCGGUUUUUAAGUUAUUACACCCCCACCCUCCUCCUGUCAGCCCCCUCACCCGCAGCCUGUCGCCCAAUAAACUUAGGAGAGUCCCCCCUUCCCCACGCGGACCCCGGGCUUUUCCUUCCCUGCCCUCACCUGCGGCUGAGAUGAGGAGGUGCGUGACUUUGGGCCAAGUGGUUCCUCCUCUCUGAGCCUCGGUUUUCUCAUCUGCAGAAUGGGAGUAGUGGGGGGGAUGCGGGUCAAGGAUGAUUGUGGACGAGGGCAGGACAGAACUCAGCCUCAUCCAGGAGGCCCCCGGUUCCUAUAUCGGUCCCCCAUUCAUCCACUCACGUGCCCACCCACAUGUUAUACCGGACUCUAAGCCACUUCUUAACUCCAGUAGUACAUUUAUUCAAUAAACAGUCAUUGACCUGUGCCUACUCCGUGCCAGGCCCGGUGCUGGACACGGAGACACAAGGAGCCCCUGUCUGUGGGGGACGGGGCUUCUGACACAAACACUAGAGAAACCUUUGCUUUGGGGAGGCCAGGAGAGAACGUGAGGGGAGUCGGGGAAGCCACUCCAGAGAGGAGAGCAUACCGGAGUUGGACUUUGAAGGACGAGUAGGAGUUGACCGCGUAUUCCAUAUGCGCUGGGCAAAAGCCUGUUUGUAGGAGUGCGUGAUAAGCCUUCAGAGAACUUUGGGUAAUUUCGGUGUGGCUGCUAUGUUGGGGGUGGUGGAGAAUUAGCAAGAGAAAUACCGUGUUAGGACUAAUAAUCCAUCUACACAUAAGCAAAAGUUAUUUGUUUGCUUAUGUUCCUUAAUAGUCUGGGGGUGCCCGACUUCAGGUACGGCUGGAUCCAGGCAGCGGGCCACCUCACCUCCGGUUUUAUUUUACCGUGAGGUUAGUGGUUUCACCCAGCAGUUCCAACUUCUCAUCCCUUUGUCUAGUUUCUGCAGCAGAAAGUUGCUCAUUGCCUACUUUUGUCGAAAAUCCCAAGACAGGCUCUUAUUGGCUCAGAGAAGUCAUGUGACCAUCCCUGAACCAGUCACUGUUGCUCUGGAGUGGCCAGGCCCCUACCUAGAGCUGGACUUAGAGGGGUUCCCCAGAGGAAAGUCCAGGUGACCUUAGCCAGAGGAAGGAAAUGGAAACUGAGUAGAUUUAAGCAGUAGGUUGGGGGGGGGGGGGUGGAGGAGCUUGUUCACAAAAGGCCAAAGUGAGCGAGGGGUGGGCUAUCCUCCAAGGGCACUGGAGAGCCCUUGGAGGAUUGUAUGUAGGGAAGAGGCUUAGUUUACUGUGCCUCAAUUGCCCACUUGGGGCGUGGUAGAUUCUGCCCUUGUGUUCUUCAUGGGGCUGAUAGGAAACUAAAAUGAAAACGGGGGGUUAGUAGAGACUGAGUGGUCAGUGUGGAAAAAUUCAGGGUCUGGGGCAGAACCGCAUUCUUGCCUUAAGAGCGAGGCCAGAAUAGGGGUCUGCUGCAAAGUGUAUAUAUUGAGUCGUGGGAGUGGGUAGGGUGGGGACCCCAGCAACCCUGUCUGGAAGUCUCAAUCCCUGAGGGCUUCCCGUAUGCCCAGCCCUGUGCUGGGGACCUAGUGGUGACCAAGACUGCCCCAGCCCUGCCGUCAUCAGGCUCAGUCUAGUGGAGAAGGCAGCUGCAUCCUCAGUGAUGAUCCUGGGUGGGGGGGUGGGGUGGGCAGAGGCUGGGGAGGGCCAAGGGGGUGCCUGUCGUAGCCAGGGAGGGCUUCCUGGAGGAGGAGCAGUUCAGCAGCAACUGGGAGAAUGAUGAGCAGCUAGCUAGACAUGGCGGGUAGGGGGCUGGUGUUCUAGGUGGAGGGAACGGCUUGUACAAUGGCUAAGAGGCAGGAGAGAGCACAGCAACUGGCCUAUGGCUGGCAGUGAGCAGAGUCACCGGGAGACACGAGGCUGGAGAUGUUGGCAGGGCCCUGAAGGCCGUGGAGAGGGGCUUGGGCUUUCUUCCAAGGGCACUGGGGAGCCACGGCAAGGUUGUGAGCAAGGGAGAGGGAGGGGCAGGUUUAUGCUGUGAAGGGAGCGAAGAAGACAGGUCGGGAGAUUAGGGAGAAGGUCGAAGUGGGACAGAAGGUGGGGAGACAAGGGCCAGAUUUGAGGCUUAUGAGGCAAGAUGGGCAGAACGGGCACCUGGACCGCAGAUUUGGCUCAGACCGGGCCGCUGGAAUGUUUGUGGUCUGUGUGGCUCCCCGGCGGGGGAGGGGGGGGAGGGUUAGAGGACGGAGCUGGGGUUAGUGAUGGGAUCUUCAUUUGGGGACAGUGUUGUAAAGGACACCCUGACAUCUGACAGAUCCUGCCUUUCUCUUCUAACCUUCCUGUUUCAGCAAUUUCCCUGGGAAUUCUUGGAGACCUCCUCUGGCCUCAGUUUUCCCCUGGAAAACAGAGUACAUUUCUUGAUCUCUAAGGGCCCUUUACCUGUGUGACUUCAGUUUCGAAAAAUUCCCUCCUCCAGGUCCCUGAGGACUCUGUCUACCACUUAUUCUGCCUCACGUUUCCUUCUGAAAGCUUUGCCUCUUUUUUGAGGCCGCCGCUCUGCCUUUGCUAGUGGAGACCUCAGCCUAUUGGGUCGAGCAGAGGUGAUUGACGUGGUCAACACCCAAUACACGUUGACCUGCUGCUUGCCUUCUAUUCCCCGCCCCUCCCCCUGUGCCCGACCCUCCUUCCUGGGACCAAGCUCUCCAAAAGGUGGGUCCCUGAAGGCUUCGCGGGGAUGCUAUGAGCCAAGCCCCAGUCUGGAGGAGGAAAGCGCAUGGGCAAAUGCAUUAAGGUGGGAAUUGCAGGGUGUCAGGAGCAAAAGUGUACAGACGGAUCAUGGGCGAGAAACGGGAGUGAUGAGCCUUCAGGGAAAGGUGCGCACCUCAGUUUGAAGAAUCGAAAAUAAUAGGACUGCAUUCUAGGAGAUGUGGGGAGCUAUGGCAGGUUCUUGAGCAAAGACAGGGAAGUUUAAAGGACUGGCAGCAGCUAUGGAUGGAUGAGGGGAGGUCACACAGAAAGAGGCCGGUGAAAAGCAUAACGGGAUAUAUGUGAGGAGAUGCAUGUUAGGUCUCAAACCGGAGGCCCGUGGGCCAAAUUCGAGUCUCAGACAUUUUGUUUGGCUUACGUUUCUCCCUGGUGUGGGUCCUGUGUCUGAGAUCCGAGCACGAGUGAUUGAUCGGGAGCGGAGGCUGGGAAGGGGUCACGCCUCUCUGGGUCUCAGAUUCCUCAUAGUUUUGGAUUGGACUGUGCACUUGCCUCAUUUUAGGGAUGGGGUAAGACAUGACUAGGGAGGGCAAGCCGCACAGCGGCCAAUGGCAAAAGUCCCUCGUCCUCUUGCUCAAUUGCCAUCGCACGAGAGCUAAGGCCACCAUUGCUUUUAUUUGUUGCUUUGAGUGUAGAAAAAGCAUGAGCUCCAGAUGUGCCUGACAGCUCUCCAUUAGCCAGAGUUCCUGGUGGUGGGCGGAGCUCUGGGAAAAGGAGACUGGGGGGGAGGUUUUUCACUGGCCACAACUCAGAGGAUGAAGCCCGUUGGUUGGAACUCUGGCUGGAAAUGGAAUUCCGAAAAUGGUGGAAAGAGCCCCCGGUUGACCGAACCCUCCUGGGGGGGGGAGGGGGCUCCGAUGGGCCGAGUCCUCCCUUUGGCUGGGGCUCCAGCAGUCGGCGGCGGGUGGGCUGGACGCCUAUUUCUGGGCGGGGAUCAUGUCGUCGAUGGACUGGCCCUUUUCCAGUUUCUUCUCCAUCUCCACCAUGAGCUUCACACCAUCCACCACCAGCUGCACCUGUUCCACUUCGGACGAGCCCAGCCGAUCGGCGUUGGACACGUCGAAUACUGAG